AUGAAACCAUUACUAUCAAUAAUCUUUAUAACAUUAACUAUUGUCAUAUCAGCAAUUAAUUCACAAGAUGCUGGAUGCAUUGAUUUCCUAAAUCCUUUAGACGUAUCAGACAGAAAACAUGUACCCUGUCCAUAUGUGAAAACUAAACCUUCAACUUUAAAGUUUCAAGCAGGUGAUAAUAUGUUUGAUAUAAGAUUUGCAUGCGGUACACAAGAUAAAGUGUUGUGUGAUAAGGCUCGUAAAGGUUUCGAAGCUGUGGGAAAGGUGAUUUCUGCAUCUAUUAUUCUCAAAUCCAAAAUUGUUAUGAGUGCGAAAAUAGCGCCUUUUGAUGAUCCUAGGAUAUUAGGUGCUGCUGGACCAGCACGUGUUAUGCCUUUAAGCGAUCCUACUGAUAAUAUAAAACGUUUAUAUCCGCAAGCAUUAGUAAAACAAUUUUCACUAACUGACGCACCACAAUUUGGAGACAUAGAUAUUGAUGCACAAUUUAAUUCCGGUGCAAAUUUUUGGUUUGAUGGAGAUCCACCAAUUGCGGCUAAUCAACCAAAUUUUCACACAGUAGUUUUACAUGAAAUGUUUCAUGGGAUGGGAUUUUUUUCAGGUUAUAGAGAUUGGAUGAAUAUACUCGUCAAUAAUAACCCAAUUCUUGAUCCAGUCGUCACUCCAAUGCCAACUUUCCUUAACGAGAACCCUAUAGUAUUUGGCGAAUUUGUUGAAACUAUUUUUGAUAAACAAGUGAGAAUACUUACACAAAACAACAAAACACUUACAAAGUUAACAACCGAGUUCAAUACAUAUGUUAUACCAAAGACGACUUUUAUUGAUCCCAAUGAUUUCAUAACCAAAUUCAAAGCUUCACAAGCAUAUACAUCGGGCAAGUCAUUUCUCCAAACUGCCCAAACUCCAAAAUCAUUGCUUUUUGUACCAACUGCCCCAAAAGCCAACGUACCGGAAGGUGGUUUCUUGGAGACUGCUAUCUCUUAUCAACGAGGUUCAAGUGUUAGCCAUUUGGAUCAAAAAACUUAUACAAAUACUCCUGAUUUCUUGAUGAGACAUUCCCUGGAACCUGGUGCUACUACUGAUAAGUUGAUUCAAUUGGGUGGUAAUUACAGCGGCGGUGCAAUCGGUCCUUUGUUACUUGACAUAAUGUCAUCAAUUGGAUAUGCAACGGUCGAUAAUCCAAAAGCUCCAAAUAAUCCAAAACCUCCAAGCACAAAUCCGAAUACACCAAAUAAUAAUCCUACUAUUGUUUCAAUAAUACUUUACAUUUCAUAA